AUGUUAAGAAGGAAUGUUAGGUUGAGGAAGGAAUACCUUUACAGGAAAAGCUUGGAGGGAAAGGAGCGGGCGGCAUAUGAGCGGAAACGAUUAAUUCGGAAAGCGCUUGAAGAGGGCAAGCCCAUUCCUACGGAGCUGCGUCGCGAGGAAGCUGCACUCAGGCGGGAGGUGGAACUUGAAGAUGACAACACUGCCGUCCCCCGCAGCCAUGUGGACGAUGAAUACGCUCACGCGGGGGAAGUGGACCCCAAGGUUCUCAUCACCACCAGCCGGGACCCCUCCAGCCGCCUGACCCAAUUCGCCAAAGAGGUGAAGCUGGUCAUUCCCAAUAGUCAGCGCAUCAAUCGAGGUGGUCUCAUCCUGAAGGAGCUCGUGGACACAUGUCGUACACAUGAUUUCACUGACAUAGUGGUGCUGCAUGAACACCGAGGAGAGCCAGACGGCAUGGUGGUGUGUCACCUGCCGUACGGGCCCACUGCUUACUUUGGCAUCUUCAACACCGUGCUGCGACACGACAUCGGCCAGAAGAAGGAGGUCGGCACGAUCUCCGAGGCCUACCCGCACCUCAUCACCGACAACCUGGGAUCCAAGCUGGGCCAGAGAACCGCCAACAUCCUCAAACACCUCUUUCCGGUGCCCAAGGACGACUCGAAGCGCAUCGUGUCAUUCGCCAACCGCAACGACUUCAUUUCCUUCCGCCACCACACCUACAGCGAGCCCAAGGGAGCCAGCAGCAUUGAGCUGACGGAGUGCGGUCCCCGAUUCGAGUUGAAGCUGUACCAGAUCAAGCUGGGCACCAUGGACCAAUCGCACGCGGAGAACGAGUGGGUGCUCCGGGCCUACACCCGCAACACCAAGAGGGGCAAGCUCGCAGGCGGGGAGGAAGGGGACAAGAACGGCGCUAGCGCUGGGGGUGGGGGUGGGGGGAAGAGAUAA